AAUACAUACACACAAGAUCGUCCGUUCCUAAAGUAAGCAACUUAAUGGUUGUCAUUUGUCUUGUCAAAAUGUCUAUUUCAUCCUACUUGUUUAAGAUUUACAAAUCAACAAUAAGGGGAAAUUUUAACAAGAAUUAUUUCAUCACCAAAGCGGCUUACUCAAAUAUGGUUGACCCUAAAAGAGUAGUUAGCUAUGAAGACAUGCUUAAAGUCAUUCAUCAGCCAGAAAAAGUUAUUAUUGAUGUUCGUAAUCCAGAAGAAGUAAAAUCAACAGGAAAAAUCCCUUCCAGCAUUAACAUACCAUUGGGCAGUGUUCAGGAUGCAUUAGCUACCAUGUCAGAAGAAGAUUUUAAGAAACAAUUUCAAAGACCUAAGCCAUCUUCUUCUGAUGAGCUUAUAUUUUAUUGUCAAUCUGGUAGACGUUCCAGUGAGGCACUUGAUAAAGCAAUUCAGCUUGGAUAUACAAAAUCCAAGACAUACUUGGGCAGCUGGAAUGAUUGGUCAAGCAGACAAAAAUAAAUAUAAAUUAGAAGUAUAAUAAAAA